AUGGCCUUGCUGCGGUUGAGGACUUCUGGCUCAAAUGAGUGCAUCAAUGGGGCUUUUCACCUGCUCACAAAGAGUGUCUGUCACAGCUUUGCACAGACAGCAGAGCGCUCAAUAGAACAGAAGCUCCUUUCUGAGUGUCCAGAUCCAUGCGUUUUGGCCCGGGUUCAUCCAUUUAUGAAGAGGGCGACAACCAGGGGAAACAAGAGCCUUCAAAUGAGCUUGGUUUCCAGGUGGGUGUCUCGUGGCGGAGGAUACGUGUCUUUGAAGGACACCAACCUCGAGAAAUUGAACAUCGUGGGUAAGCGCUCGACACUAGCAAGUCGCACAGCCGCAGAGUACACAGCAAGGAUUUUGGUGAAAUCCGCGGAGUGCAUGGAGGAGUCGGUGGAGAAAUCCAAAGUUGUGAACUUCUGCUUUGACGCUGCAAGGGUGGCCGAAGAACAGGUACUGAGUGUGAUCUUCAGGGCGUGUGGCAAGCAGUUUGCUGGUGCAACUCAGCUUCUACCAUCGGGCUUGGGUGUGGACGAGUCUGCCUGUGCUAUGGAGAGGUUUGCUGAGGCAGCCAAAGUCCAAAUGGGACAGACUGCAGGCCCUGUGAAGUUGCCUUGCAAGAGCUUUGACUGGCGUGAAUUCCGCUUGCCAACCAAACAGUUGCUCAUGGCUGUGGCGAACGCUUUGCAAGUAUCGUUGCCCAAUGGGUUUUCCUUCAAAAGUUGCAGGCCUCGAACCCUACUAGUGCCACGUAGCCACGAGGCAGACAGGUUUGCUCUGCUGGACACAGAGAACCUGCGCGUCCGCUCAGACGACCACAAUGAUUCGCGAUGGUUUUCUUUCUUUGACCACUCGGUGAGCUGGGACAAAGUCUGGCAUGUUGAGGCGCUGGUCCACGAGUUCCUUUGGUUCUCACAAGGCAAGUCCCCGUGGAAGACCAUUUUGGAAUGCGUGGAGCAAACAGCGUUGGAAUACAUCAACGCUGUUGGGGAUGGGCCAGAGAAUCAGGAAGUCAUGACCUUCCAUGCCAACCUUCUUCUCUUCCAGAUCUCAGCUCUAAGUGAGGUCCAGUCCUACCACCGUGCGUUCCCUUGGCGUUUGGUGGAAUGCUUGGAUCCAGCAUCCUGGGCAACUGUACUUCCUGCAAUGAAGGAUCUCUGGUACUUCGUCAUUAACAUGGCCGAUUGCUUGAAACCAAAUGACAAGCUCUACUGGAUAGUCCAGGUGACUCGCUUCCAGCCCUUCAGAGAUGUCAUGAUCGCUGGCGAGUUCAUAGACUUUGACGUGCAGCGGAUGGGUUCGCCUGCCAGCCGCCCCUUGCAAGAGAACAUCCUUGCAAUCUGCGGGCUUCAAGAGGCUGGUGCGCCCACUAGCCUUUUGAGCUCGUUGCCUUCAGAGCUUGCUUUCAACAAGCUAAGAGAUGCAGCCAAAAGGCACAGCAAACAAGAGAGGUGUCAGCCCGCAGCGCUGCACUCUGUGGCUUGGAAAGCCAGUGUGAGCCAUGUGUGCGGAUGUGAAUCCCUCGAGCUCACAGAGGAGGACUGGGCCGUCCCCAUGAAAGCGUCCCAGAUCAAGGUGUCGGUGCAUUCCAAUAUGAGAUCGUCUUGCUCUGACAUGGGGAUUUCAGUGGAAGGCCUCACGAGGCACAAGCAGGCCAACCAGUACACCAAACCUCAUAUUUGGACUGCUCGCUUGGAAUACCUAGAGGUGCUGUCAAACGCCUUCAAAGCCGCAGAGGGCACGAUUGAGGACAAGCGAGUGGCAGUGACAAAGAUGCACCAACUUUCGUGGCUGUGCAAAGUCUUGCCUUGCAUGUGGUUCCUCAAGCCCAAGACAGAGGAAGCGGACAUUCCUCACGAGUCGUUGAUCAUUGUCAAAGCUGGACCAUUCACCGCCCGAUGUGUGAAGCUCUCUACACUUGGCGACAACUGGUACCGGCUUCAAAGCAGCGAUCCUUUGCAUGAAGUGAUUGUGACUGACCUCGACCAGGUGACAUUGGCUCAGGCCACGCCUGACAUCCAUGCAGGAGCUCUGGCGUGGGCCAAGACAGGUCCAUGGCUCUCGAUUGUGGACUUCGUUUGUGACCAUGGCAUUGAGAAUGUUGGAGCUCAACUGCUAAUUUCCCUUUGUGCGCUGCUCAAAAUCCCUGGCCACAGCAAACUUGAUCACAAGCACCGAGUGGAGCUCUUUCUGAAGACUUGCGGUCGAUCAGAGGAGUACGUGGCGCGAGUCCUUGAGAACUUGCCGGAGCCAAGGAAAAGAACAGCAAAGGAGUCAGAGGUGGAAGAGAUGGACGCAGAUGACAACAUGCAGGGUGAAUCAGAUGACGAGGCCAUUUCUGUGAUGAAGGCUUUUUUGGACGAGGACCUUGGCAACAGUGGUGCAGCUGAUGAGAAUCCAAAGACAGCCGGUGAUGUCUCUACGCCAGAGGCAACCGCUGAUGUCCCUAUGCCUGAGGCAAAGGAUGAUGCGUCG